AGAGAGAGAGAGAGAAAGAAAAAGAGAGCCUCCAUCCGGGUUCUUGUUUCCUAAGUGAGAAGAGAGAGAGAGAGAAAGAAAAAGAGAGCCUCCAUCCGGGUUCUUGGUUCCUAAGUGAGAAGAGAGAGAGAGAGAAAGAAAAAGAGAGCCUCCAUCCGGGUUCUUGUUUCCUAAGUGAGAAGAGAGAGAGAGAGAAAGAAAAAGAGAGCCUCCAUCCGGGCUCUUGUUUCCUAAGUGAGAAAAGAGAGAGAGAAAGAAAAAGAGCUUCCAUCCGGGUUCUUGUUUCCUGAGAAGAGAGAGAGAGAGAGAGAGAGAGAGAGAGCCUCCAUCCGGGUUCUUGUUUCUUAAGUGAGAAAAGAAAAAAAGAGAGAGAGAGCCUCCAUCCGGGUUCUUGGUUCCUAAGUGAGAAAAGAGAGAGAGAGCUUCCAUCCGGGUUCUUAUUUCCUAAGUGAGAAGAGAUAAAGAGCGAGAGCCGCGGCGCAUGCGCGGAGUGAGGCGCUCGGGCUGCCUGGACGCGGUGAGUCUUUCCUGUCAGGAAAGCGCGGAAGGGGCGGGGCUCGGGCCCCUCAGGCGCCGUCCUUGGCUUCGCAGCGCGGCCGGGAGAGGAGAGGCGAGAGGCGGGGAGGAGAGAGGCAGCCUCUCGAAGGCGCCGCCUCCUACAAGUUUGGAGUUCAGCAAAAGUACUGUUGCUUUGAGUGGACAAUGAUUAGAGACACAAUGAAAGCCUGGAGUGACAGUCAGUCAGACCUUUACAGCAGUGACUUAGAAGAGGAGGAAGAAAUGAUUUUUGGAGAAAAUGAGGAAGAUUUGGAAGAAAUGAUGGAUUUAAGUGACCUGCCUACCUCACUCUUUGCUUGUAGUGUUCAUGAAGCAGUGUUUGAAGUUCAAGAGCAAAAGGAACGAUUCGAAGCCCUCUUCUCAAUCUACGAUGCUCACGUUACAUUCCAGCUAUUUAAAAGCUUUAGAAGAGUAAGAAUAAAUUUCAGCAAUUCAGAAGCAGCAGCAAGAGCACGAAUAGAACUGCACGAGACAGAAUUUAACGGGAAAAAGCUGAAGCUGUAUUUUGCCCAGAUCCAGGUGCCCAACGAAGCAGGAGACAAAUCUUACCUCUUGCCCCCGCAACCAGUCAAACAGUUCCUGAUCUCGCCACCUGCAUCCCCCCCAGUCGGAUGGAAGCCCAGCGAAGAUGCCACUCCCAUGAUCAACUAUGACUUACUCUGUGCCGUCUCAAAGUUGGGGCCUGGAGAAAAGUAUGAGCUGCACGCAGGAACCGAGUCCACUCCCAGUGUGGUGGUCCAUGUCUGUGAAAGCGAAACGGAAGAGGAAGAUGAAAUAAAGAACCCCAAACAGAAGAUUGUGCAGACAAGGCGUCCUGAUCCGCCGCCCACAUUACUCAAUGAAACCAAAACUCUUGAAUGUACGCUCGAGGUAGGGGGUGGGAUGCACUACUGAUCCGAGACGAAUAAGAGCAGCGGAUGGCGGUCGUGUUUGCAUUGCUGCCUUAUGCAUAGCAGCAACAGACUUCUCUUGUAGUUGUCUCGUGUCAAGACGAUUUUAGAUGCCAACAUUUUGAAGAGCACUUUAAGGUUAACUUCCAAGAUGUAGCAAAUCAACUGGGCUUUAAGUCCCAGACUACUAGGAGAGUGCCAUUUCUGGAGUAUGUGUUACCAUGUUCUUGAUGUUCAGAAGGCUAAAAGGAGUGUGGCUGCCGCCGUCUCCGUAGGGGUCACCACUUGGUUUUGUAUGUGAGUCUCUCAUGUAUAUUUUUGUGUGCUGAUGUAUAACACGAUGUUCUGAAUAAUAUAUUGAUGGAAAAAAUAAAUGUAAUGUACAAUGUACAUUGUUAUCAGUAGAAGAAUCUCAAACUGGUUUGGGGUGAUAGAACCACAUUUCUGAGCAGUCUUGUUCUGUGGCUUUUAUUUCCCCCCUAGAAAUGCCAUAAUGGUGUCUGUUGAGUUUCGGAGUAUUCUUGUGAAUCGAUGUGAGGCAACCCCUCCCCAAAAGAAAACCCAGAAUGGGAACUAUUGUUGGUGGUCUUUCUGCAGGUUAUGGAUAGGCUCCGUCUUGGGCACUGGCUUCCUAGCUUUCCUUCGCUUGUGUGUGCCUCUUGCUGUGGCUGUUCCUAAAGCAAGGCGAUUCUGUACAUAGGUUUAGCUUUGUACCUCCAACAGUAGGAACUAUGCAGCCAGCAAGGGUCCUGCAUCCAUAGUUUUUUGCCAAAUGUAGCAACUGGAUUUCUCAUCUUUUGUCUGGGACAUGGUAUGUUCUCCCCAGCAAAAAUAGGUACGAAUGUAAAAAAAAUGCACAAUUACCCCCUGUAGCAGUGAUAGUGUAGCAAUGUCCUAGUGCAGAUCUAGGAUACGUUGAAUAAUUUCCCCUUUUCCCCUCCUUAAAGGUGGGCAGAUCUGGCUGUAUUGGUCACCAUAGCACAGUGGCUGGCUGGGCUGUUAACAGUCCUGCUCUUUAUCUCUCCUACCUUUCCCAAAUGUACUACAGUGUUCCCUUACUACUUCAUGCCCUCGCUGUUUCGCAGUCUUUUAAUAAUACACUAAAAUAAUAGUAUAAAUCAUACAAUAAUAUAAAUCCUGCUUUCUACUUCCUUCCUAAGGAGAAGCCUAAGGAAGGAAGGAAGGAAAAGCCAAAGGGAGAGAAAAGGAGGCUGAAGCCGCUUUGUUUUUGCCUCACAAGGCAGUGGCAGACAGAGACGCUACUUGCCAGUGAGAUUGUAAACAACACAAAUAUAAGCGUCCCUACUUCGCGGAUUUUCACUUUUUGCGGGUGGUCCUGGAAUGUAACCCCCACAAUAAGUGAGGGAACACUGCACAGUAUUUUGCUUUCAGAGCAAGACAGCAACUCUUGGCAAAUGACUGCUUGGAUUGCUUUGUUUUUGCCUCGUCCUUUCUAUGCUGCCCCCCCCCCCCCAAGCAUCUAAUACUCCGUUCUUAACAGCUUCUCAGGAAGGGAGAAUAUUUUGCAGCCAGAUAGUUUUCUCUCUGCCGCUGCAGAAAAUGUGCUGACAAUCCCGCUUGCCUGGCUUGACAAAUAAGGCUAGACCUAUUUGCACAAGCCUUUUCUUACCACUGUGUUUCCCUUCUUAGCACAUUUGAACCAAAUAGCACCUUAAGAUGCCAUAUACCCAGUUUCCGGUCAUUCUGACACACUGCUCUUCUGUUGCUGGUGUAGGACAAAACAGAGAGCACAGGAAAGUAAAUGUGUUGAGUUCUAUUUUGUCAACAAAUGUUCUGUGAAUCGUGUUGGACUGAAGAGCGUAGAAGCAUCCCUCACUUUGCCCAGUGGCAAAACGAGGUGCAUGCCUUCCAUGUCAGUCUCUAUUCUCACUGCAUCAUGUUGUGUAGCGUUGCCUUUCAUCAGCUUGACUAAUUGUGCAUGUGCAACCAUUCCCAAAGCCUCUCCCAUCCCUCCUUUUUAGUGGCUUACAUUUGAUCAGAGAGCAGAAGGGAAUGGCCAUGGACUGACUGACUGACUUAGGCGAUCCUUCGUAGACCGAGGAUGCUGGUCCUCCGAGCGCAGUGUCUUGGGGGAGGGUCCGUAGGUGGCUGUGAAGCCCUGUUCUUGAUCCACAUGAAGACAUCAUUUUCCAGACGGAAGGCGUUCCCAGUCAUGGUUGGCUUGAUGCGCCUUCCUCUUGGUACAUUUCUCCCUUUCGCCCCCCAUUUGUGCCUCUUCAAAUUCCACAGCACUGCUGGUCACAGCUGACCUCCAGUUAGAGCGCUCAAGGGCCAGGGCUUCCCAGUUCUCAUUGUCUAUGCUACAGUUUUUAAGGUUGGCUCUAAGGCCAUCUUUAAAUCACUUUAAAUCCCAUACACCUGAUCAGAGAGCAGAAGGGAAGAGAAUGGCCACGUGUGGGCACUAAUUUGGGGAUUCAGGAUAGUCUAUAUUGUGUUAAACUUAACCAGACCAUUGUGAAUGAAUGAAAACUAUCUUUGUAUGGGACCAGGAUUCUGGCUUAGCGAUUGUUAGAGGACUGAAUCAGGUUGUUGUGUGUUUUCAGGGCUGAGUGGACAUGUUCCAGAAGCAUUCCCGCCUGACGUUUUGCCCACAUCUAUGGCAGACAUCCUCAGGCCCCUCCUCCGCCACUUAAGCGAUGUUGUGAGGUUGUGAGGAUGCCUGCCAUAGAUGUGGGCAAAACGUCAGGAGAGAAUGCUUCUGGAACAUGCCCAUACAGCCCGGAAAACACACAACAACCCCGUGAUUCCGGCCAUGAAAGCCUUCGACAACAGAGGACUGAAUGUUUGAAGAGGGCCAGUAAGAUUCAUUUCAGAAGCCUGUCAAAUGUACACGAGAUCCUUAAGUGACUUAAGGAUCUCAGGCUAACCUUUCUCAUGGACUUGACGUGUUCCUUGGAUACAAAUCAGAUUAUUUUUUAAAGUAGAGAUUAAAAGCAACUGCUAUUUUUCCAGAACAAAUCUUAAUUCUUACCUGCUUAUUAAGAACAAAGGUACUUAAUUAUUUCUUGAUGUAUCAUAAAACUGUUGACGUUUCCUUCGAUAUGGCUUCGAUCUGUUAACUUUUUCAAAAAUCUGAUAUAACAUUUAUUCUAGAGGAAAAGUAUUGGUGAUUGCCAAUAAAUUGUCAAAAGCCCUG